UCACAGUUGGAUCCAUACUCCAUCCAAGUUCACACAUGUAGGAAGACCUUAUUCACAUACAACUCAACGUUACAUAUGGAAACUUACCCAUUUACAGAAUACUAUGGCAUUUAUUUCUGGCCAAUAUAUAUAAGGGAAGUGGGGGUGUAUCUAAAGUUGGAUAGAUCAGUACCUAGUUUAAAUUUCUGAGUUCACUUUUAUAUGACUAUAUUCUCUGUUUAUAUUGCUCAAAGUCUAAGUAGAACAGAAGAAAUAUAUCUAGAAACAUACAACAAGUUAAUCAAGUAAAGGAAGGAAGUGAUGAGUGUGUGGAGAGAAACCUUUACAAAAGCAACCAGAUCAGCUACCUAGGCUAGGGAAUUGAACUUUUGCCAUUUAAGGAUAUUAAUUAAUAAAGUAGAUUUAGAAAACUAAAACAGUUGGCAUAAGAACAUGACCAGAUUUGAUUACUGUUUUAAUGGUGUGUUUGUUUGUGUCUAAUUACCAUAUGCAGUGGCCAUGUUUGUGCACACAAAUCUGGUAAUUAAGCACAUGGAAGUUGAGAAGCUGCAUAUUUAAAUGUGAAAUCAUAGCAUCUGUGUUCAAAUUAGUCCAUGUAUUUUUCAUGAGCAGUUGUGUGCCAAAAGUAUAUUUUUAAAAAAAAUCUUACAAAGUUUGAUUUUGGUGGGGGAUAGAUAGUAUGUACCCAAUCCACUUGUAAUAUUCUUGAUAUUUAAAGGACAUCAUGAGCCAUCCUUAAAGAUUUAGAUUCAAGUAUUGACAUUCCUGUGUAAUUAUUGAGUCUAAUCUUGCUUUUAUAGUCUUGUAAUAAAGCAUACCCCUAUCCAAACAUGGGAUUAGAAUGGCAGGACUUGUUAGAGUGGGACAACAGAAGAAAUAUUCCUGUAUGUCGUACAGAGGCAAAGUUAAUGGUAUCAAACAUGCAGACCUGAUGCAACCAGACUGAUAUAUUUAUCUGACUCUCAUUUGGAUUUAUGAUCGUACUGCAUGACGACUCACUACCAGGAACGGUAACUGAAAUAGUGUCUCUAAACUUCGCAUUAGACCUGAUCUGAAAAUGCUAAUUAAAUUUCUUAUGAGAAUUUCUGGUCUUUCAAUCAAAAAAGGAAAACUUCACUGAGAACCAAACACUUCUAAGAAGGAAAAAAAAUCUUCAAAAUUUGUUACUGUUUUGACAACAAAACUGACUAGCUCUACUUUGCAUAGAGUUGCCUGACAAGGAAAAAUGAGCGGACUGAGUGAUCUUGGGUCCCAAACCUGCCAUUUCUUAUGCUGAGUGCUCUUUUAAAAAGUUGUCACUAUAAGACACGCUUUGGCUGAAAUUUCACCCCAUUGCCAGCAUUGGCUCAGAUCCAGCAGUGGCAGUGAUGGGAAGAAGGCGAGUGCAGACGAUGUCCCAGGCAGUCAUUGGCUUUUUUAAGGCUCUUUGUCAAACCCUGCUCAAAAGAUCUACACUGUAUGGUGGUAAAAUGACCACAGCCAUUUGCACCUCGUGCAUUUUUGUUGUCCCGGUAUUGGUAUUGUUGGUGGAGCUGAAUUAGUGCUAACAGUAUGAAAUCUCAGGGAAAAUAGACUAGGGGGAUAGACAAGUCCUUUUUUUUUUUUUUUUUUUCUCUUCCCUACUGACUUUGGCUGGAUGUGAAGUAGAGCUGUAGAUGUAAAUGGCUACAAAGUCCAUCUCCAAUCACCUGUUUUCCCCGCUUUUUCUAUUAUAAGGUGUAAACAUGAAAUUUUGCAAAUUUUCAUAGUUGUAUUUUACUGCACUAUCAUAUUGAAAAAAGGUUAAGGUAUUCUACAGCCUUACUAUCAGUUUUGGAGAGUUGGCUAAGCAGUAAGGAUUUUAGAAUUUGCACCCCAGAGAUCUGGUGCUUUGUGAAAGAGAUUAUCAUUGUACUAAUGAUCCUAAAUUGCGAUAUGGACUUUUGAACUGCAUCUAAAUAAUAACUAAUUAUCAAAUGUAGUAUUUUAGGUUGUAUUUAUUCUGAAUAGAAGCAUAAAAUACCUUAAAUUAACUAGUAAAAAUAUUUUCCAAAUUAUAACAAACAUACCUUGUUAAUUAUAUGGUUAAUUGUGUGAUUAUCAUGAAGGUGAUACUCUGUUUUUCUGUCUAAUGUGCUAGGAUUGACAAUAAUCUUGACCUGGAUUUAUAUUACAUUCCCAGUAAAAAUGAUUGAUUGUUUUGCACUGAUUUUUGUAUCACAAACGUAGUACUUGAGGCUCUGAUUCAAGAAACCAUCUCAAUUCAGGAAGAGCACUUAAGUAUGUGCAUUAGUCUCACUGAAGUUGAUGAGACUUAAGCAUAUGUUUUUAAAGUUAAUCAUGUGCUCUCCUGAAGCCAGGCCUUAGAUUGUGUUGCUUUGAAUUCAUGGACUGAAAAGAUGUAACCAGAUGAAGAUAACAGAUCUGCUUGUUCUUUCUUCUAAGGCAAUUUAUUAUUCUACUUGUCUGUUGUAUUAGUCCUACUUCCAGAUUACUCAAACACAACAUAUUUGAUACUUCCUAUGGAUACAUAACCGUUGGGAUGGAAGGUGUGAUGGAUGAGGGAACCAAUGGCUUUGUUUACUUAAGCCGUGGAUGAAAUUUCACUUGCAUCAUAAGAUGUACUUUUUCAAAACAUACAAAUUACAAAGCCUUUCUUUUUUAUUUUAAAGGAGUGAACUGUUUUGGUGGAACUUCAUUGUGCAAUGUGUUUAACCAGGAAGCUAGCUAAUCUUUCUAUCCAUUUGGGAGCCCCCAUGGUUAAUGCUGCAUCAUAAAGUAUUUAUCCAAUGGAUAUGAGCACAUAUUUUGCUAAUUCUGCAGGCUGACUGACUGGUUAUGUUGAAUAAAUGCUCUGUAUUUCAACUGAAGAGUUCCUUCAAUUUAAACUUGCUGUUGUAAAUUUCUGUUUAUACCAGAAGAUGGCACCAUUGAUGGUGUCUUCCAGGAAAUCUUUAAAUAGAGUAAUGGAUGACUGUCAUAUACAAACCCUCACUGUACCUUAAAGCUUCUGUAGGAAAUUAAAAGUGUAAAUAUGUAUCUGCUGUAUUUCAAUGCAGAAUUGCAUGAAGCUGAGGUCUUUGAAGAGUCCAAUUUUUUCUCUUAAAUAAUCACAAAUAUUUAAUACUUUUUUUGUCUGAUCAACUCUAUCCAGUAUGGAGCACCCAAAACUGCAUUUGAGGCCUUCAAGAUUUUUGUGUGUGAGGAGCUGAAGCAGCCAAGCCAAUAUGCCUCUAAGUACUAUAUACUAACACUAAAAGUUUGACAACUCUUAAUAGAUAUUGUACAAAGAUCAUUCUUCGUCUUUGCAAACUUAUAUGCUACAUUCCGUAAAAGCGGAUAUAUUAAUUUAUAAACAACUAAUUACAGUCUGCUGCUAUACCACUUUAGGCUAUGAACUAACACAUUUAAGCAGGAGAAGAAAAAGUCGGCUUUGCUAGGUUUGUAAGAUGCUAGGUUUAUGGGCCUGGUUGAUGGUCUUGAAAAUGUUCUUAAACCAGACUCCUGCAGCAAGUGGUGAAUGUGAAUCACCAAGUGAUAACUCAUCCUUUUCAGUCCAAACAGAAUCAGAUCUGCAGUAUAGUGUGACGGGACAGGGUGCUUUCCUUUCAAAUGAAACAUAAAGCUUAUGUUUUGAUCAUUCAAGAUCUGGAGGCAAGAAGAGGAUGGGGGCCUUAGUCCUGCAGUCUUGCCCAGAUUUCAAUUUGAGUAACUACAUUCUUGCUGCUGUUUUUAAUUGGUUACAGUAUUUAUUGCCUAUCCUACGCUUUUAUGUAGUGUUUUACACCAGAAAUUAGGAUUGGGUGGAUAUAGUUCCAUAAAAUGUUGUGGGAUUCUUCACUCUAAAUAGUGCUUUGAGAGUACAUUGAUAAACCCUGCUUUUUUAAAACCAUGCCAAACCUCUUGCUGGUAUAUUUGGUCUUAAUCCGGGGGUGGGGGAGUGUUGUUUAGGGGGAUGUGACAGUGAAUAGCCUCUGGAGGGUCACUUGCAUCAUAAAAUUGGCCAGGACAAAACACUGGAGAAUAUGCAAUAAGGAACAAUCCUAGUAAAAAGGAUUCUCAAGACUGGGUCUGUGGCACUUCCUAUAUAUAUUCCCACAGUUGGGCUUUGUAUGUGACUUUCCUGCUUCUUUUGGGUUCUAUAUCUGUCUCCAAAUACUAUUAAACAUCCCUGUCACGGUUGGCGUUUAGCUCUUGAUCUUGAAUACAUUUCUGGAGUGUAAUUUAAUUUUUAUGCCUUGCACCAAAGGAGAAGGUAUAUUUGUUUUAAAUGUCCAGGGGAGGAUGUCUUCUAUUUUCUGGACAAAAGAUUUAUUUUCCCCUGUUGCAAAUUAGUCAGUAUCUUGGAGUGGACUGAGCUUACUUGGGCUACUUCAUGGCUGUCCAAAAAAGGCCAUUAGAGCCUGAAUCCCUAUAUCGAGAAGAGCAAAACUGUGACUGCAAUUAAUUAGCAUAUAACAAAGGGCUCACAAAGCUUGGAGGGGGAAAAUGAUCCCCUGCCUUUAAGGGGUCUGACAAACAGUGGACUAGAUGAGAGCAUCCUCCAACACUACCAGAAAAUUGAUGUUCAAUUAAAAGUAAAGGGUGUUUGAAUUUUGAACAAAGCUGGUUUUUUCGCAAGUGUUUCUCAACUGGUUGUGUUAAAUACCAAUUUAAAAUAUUGUUCAUGAAACCACUCUUUAUUAAUCGUAUUUCACUUAUAUGGCAUCUCUGAUGUCACUGUCCUACCAUUUCCUCUCACUCUCUUCGAAUUAAAUCUAAUGCGGGGGGGGCAGAAUUUAAGAAGGCAUUUCCAAGGUGUAAAACAAAACAAAACCCAAACACACACCCUUACCAGGCUUUUGCAUCAUAAAGAUGUAAAAAGAGAAGCUCAAAAAAUCCCCCCCAACCCAAUUAUUUUUUCCUCUGUAGGCAACUUUCAGCAUUUUCCUAUUACUGUAACAAGCAGAAUCGUGGACCUUUACUCAUAUGUAUACAAAGCAGCUGUAAUCUCUCCCUAUUUAGAGGUAACUCUCUAGCUAUAUCUUUUAUCUGUUCUUCAGUGGUGUUUGAUACAGGAGCUACACCAAAGCACUUCCUUGCAUAUACAAACCAGAGAUUAGGUUUCACCUGAUUUAAGAGACUGUCAACCAGACAAAAGCUCCUAGGUUACCUGGCCCACUCCUACUAAAUUAUUGAAGUGUCUCUUCUAGCUGAAUGUAUACACUGAGUAAUUAGUCAGUAGAAAGCUGACACUGAUGAAUAUUGCAUCUCUUUUCUGUUUGUUUGUACAACCAAUACAGAGUAAACAUUUGGAAUUACUAUGGCCAUCAGCUAGGAAAUAUUCCAGGCUUAUUUUGAACAUGAUCAUAUUUAUCAUACUUUGCACUCGUAGUGCUUUACAAGCAAGUCCAACCCCCCUGGUAAUUUACCUUAGGUAAAUAGCAUUAUCUCCAAUUUACUGAUGGUUAAACUGAAGCACAGAAAUAGUGGCUUGCUUGAAGGUGCUGGGAGUCGGUGACAAAGCUGGAAGUAGAACUUUAGAAUCCUGUAUUCCAGUUUUAUGCUCUAAUUCAGUGAUACUCGGACUGAGGCUCGGGAGCCAUGAAUAAAUCUUUAAUGUGUCUCUCAUAUGGCUCUUCACAGCACAUUAUCUUAAAGUUAGUAACCAAUCAGGAUGCUUUUAUUAUGUUGUUACCAAUUCAGUUAUCAACUUACUUAUUUGCUGUGAGAAUAAUAUGCAUAUAUAAAGACUAAAUAUUUCCCCAGUCAUACUGUUUAAAUAUGAAUAGUACUAUUGUUUUAUUUACUAUGAAUUCACACUACUGUGGCUCUUGGGUAACACUGGUUGCUAAUUUGGUUCCUGAACCACUAAGGUCUGAGUGUUACUGCUCUAAUUAUUGGUCUCCACUGCCUACUGGAGCUGGGCCUACUCUAUCAGUGAAGCUGCUUUGGUGCACUAUAACCUGUAACGCUUGUAGCCAUAAAUUAGAUAACUUGCAUGAUGUUCUGCAAUGCUGAACUCUAAAUGUGGGUAUCUUUUAUACUGAUCCUUUUUUCCAAGUGCCUUGGCUCCAUCCCCCAGGAGCUUAGAACCUUUGCUUUGCUUAUCCAUAUAUGGAAGGUGACCCACAUUAAUGCCAAGAAGCUAUUUAGCAACUGGUAGUCAAAACCAUUACAACCAACUGACCUUAAAGUGUGGCCAAUAUCCCUUCAUUUUUUUGAUCUUGGCAGGGGAAGGGCAGUAGCAGCUUCCAUUAUUGUAAUAGUUGCCAAGUUCCCCUAUUGCUGGAGCGAACAGCAAUAGCAGUGCCCUGGAUUGGAUUAUGCACAAAGGGGGCUUAUCUAGAAAUGAGACUGCAUGCUUUUUCAGCUCUGCAGGUAGGAUCAGAGGGAUACACUCCACUCUGCUAACCUCUCUCACAUUUGGCGUGUGCAAUGAUGAUAUUCUGUCAUCUUGGAUAUCGCUAUGGGCUCAGUUUAAAAGCCUACAUAAUAAAAAAAAAUGGGUGUAAAGUAUUUAUUUGCCUGUUAUAUAAUAAUUAUUAAACGUGAGCUUUUAAAAUCUAAAAUAUGUCACAAUUAUUUCUGCCUUUCUUUAUUCUGCAUAUUUCCCAGCUCACAUAUUGUAAAUCAAUGGAUGUCGAAUUUCUAGCACUGGAAGGAAAUGUUAACUUGUCUUCAAAUAACUGUUUCCACUGGUUUUUUGUUUGUGUUGGAGUUGAUUUUAUUUUGUUUUUUAGCUUUUUAUUUUAAGGUGGAAACAUUUGUUGUUUUCAGUAUUUUAUAAAAGUUUGGGUUACAAAAUCUAAAUCUUCGGCUGUUAGUUUACAGCCUCCUGUAAGAUACCAGGAAAGAUAUUAGGAAGCAGAGCAAGGCAGUUUGGGUAAAAUAAGAUGUGGCUUGGAGAACUAAAUUCACCAGUUAUACCUGCAGAGAAGUCAGUGGAAUUACACUAGCAGAGAAUUUGGCCCUAAAUCUGAACCCUCAAAUGCCAGUUAACCCCCUCAACUCUCCCAUCCCAAAUUUAUUUUCAAAUCCUUAAACUUCUGGCAACUUUCUGUGUAUGCAUAAGGUCCCCUAAUUUUCAUACCAAAACUUGAACCAAACCAUUAUCUUUUCACUCCAACAUAAAUUCCAGAAGGUCAAGAUCGAAUUCAGACCCCAAAAACUGAACCAGGCCUACAAAUAUAGAACUUUCUUGGGGCAGGUAAAGCAGUUUAGCUCAUUCAAAAGAGAGACUUGAUAUACACGAGUUAUAUGUGCACAGUGCUUCAUAAUAUAAUGUACAUCUCUAAUUCUUGAAAUAUAAAAAAUGAAAUAGAGACAGCAGAUAAGAAAGACAAAGAUUAUAUAGAGGGAUGGGGUGGAAGAGAUCAAUAGAGAGAAUUGCUUAAGAAAAUCUGUUUCAUUGGAGCCUUCUACUAAGUCCUGGUUGGCCUUGGGUCCUUGAGAGGCUAUUAAGAUAUUUGGUCCAUAUGACAGUCUCAGUCGCAACCAAGACUGACAUAGGUCCAUCAUCACAAUGGUCUGGCCUAGCUUAUCCACCUCACUACCUUUCUUUGGUGAUGCUGUUGCCAUGACCAGCACCAUUGGGAGGACAAGAGUAAAGAUGGUGUACUAACCCCUGCCAACUUCUUUUCUAACUAUGGUUCUGCUAGGAGAGAAGAUUCCCAAUAGCUGCCUCUCCAUCAGUGAGUCCUACCAGAAUGUACUAGCUACCAUCCUACUCUUGUUGGGGCUCCUUGCCUUACUGGAUAAUGCCAUCAAAAUUGCCCUCCUGAUCUGGAUUUAUCUGUGUCAGUUUCUGAAGAGAAUCUUCCACUAUUUCAUCACCAAAGCCUACGGAUGGAUCAAGGCACUAACAGCCAUUUCUUGCAGCAAGAAAUCCAGCAGUUGGAAGGAGCUGGUGCUGACCAAAGGCCACAGGAAUAUCUCUAUGUUGCGCUUCCACUGCACUCUGGAUCCUCUGAGGCUAACCGUGAACAUGAACAAUCUAAAUGCGCUGAAAAGCCACUGUCCCCAGGGUCAUAGGAAGGGCAAGGGUUACCAUGGUUCCUGGCCAACCCAUCAAGACACUGAUGAUGAGAAAGCCAGUUGGUAUGGGCACCCGCAGCAACGCCGUCAGGUGAACAACCGGCCUAACCCCGGUCAACGUUACCAUGACUGGGAGAGUCAGUCCAGCUCCCGUCACUCAGAUAGUGACAGUCCGCAGCCAGUGUGCCCGGCCGGAUCCACUGUGUCAUCAGUGCGUUUUCACAUCAGCUCCCCAGAGCAGGUUGCCAAGGCCAGAGGCAGCUUGGUUGACUGGGGCAUUUACAUACACAACCCACAGAGGCUCACUGGGGAUAAAGAGCUUGGCCUGGACAGUGCAGGAGAAACUAUGCAACGGCAGAGUUUCCUGCAUCAAUCUGCUGUUCCAAACACAGCAGGACCCAUCAGCCUCCAUUCAGAGUGCUCUGCUGUGCACAUUCACCCCCAAGUCAGUGAGGCACACUUCAUACCCAGCCCAAUCUUCCCAGGCCCUAAGCGGGUAGUGUACUCUGCCCUGGCUCCCACCCCAGAGUCCAGAACCUGUCUCAACAAUGAUUACCACCACUCAGUGUCCCAGGCAUAUCAUCAGAGGAGUCCUGAGCACCAUCCCGGGACUGAAUUUCACCAGAGCUUGCCACUUGUCCAGCGAGCCGAAGUCUACAUCCAUCUUGUCAACCCACCGCCUCCUAGGCCACAACGCACCGCUGAACGGUCCACCCACCCCUUUUCAGCAUCUCGCACCAUCUUGGUCAAGGACACAUUGGCAAACCGGGUAUCUGUUGACCACACCUGGGAAAGUUCCAACCAAGGCCCAACAGGGCAGAUUAUCUGUGACACCCACACACAACGCAAGAGUAUCUGGGAGAGAAAACACCCAGCUAGCACUCUGCAGUUGGGCCCAGACUAUGAGAAGCUGGCAAGAAACAGUGAUGGUGCCAACCUGAUCCACAAUCCACCUCUUCUGGCAGACAUGACAAGAGGAGGUUCUGAAACAGCACCACCCAACAUUAGCAAUUGAAGGUACCAUACAACUGGAUUUACCACCCAGCUGACUUCCUGGCAUGGAUAAGAUUCGGAUGCCUGGUGAACCCUGAGGGACCUGAACUAGGUGGGUGGGAAUAGUACAAAUGGCAUUCUCUGCUAUUUUGUGGUGCUCUCAGGACGUGCUGGGUUCAAUAAACAGCAAAUCACAAAGCUCCUAGUUACGCAGAUUCUCCGUAGUGACAGCUGGGGGUGUGGGAAGAGCCCAGGUGGCAUGGCUUCUUCCUAUAAGAAGCUACAAUUCACUUGUACGUUUUGACCCCACUCAGGUGUCCUAGGUAUGCAUUGCAAUUCGGUCUCUGUGGCAGGAAUGCUCAAAUACGUUUGAGCUCUGUGAUUUCUCCUCUAGGUAUUAAUUUUGGGCACAUAAUGGUCAUCGUCCCCCUCUUCCCCCCCACGGCCGAUUUUAAAAAACACUUUUUAUAGUUUAUUUUUAUUAAGUGGUUUACACCAGAAGGUGUGGUUAUAGAUACAGUUGGUGAGUAAAUAUACAUGGAAACCUGCCUACAAACCCAACUCAAGACCUACCUAAGUGUUCAGAGAUUAAAAACCCCUAAGCCUAGAUAAAAGGCCAGAGGAGGAAUGUUUACAGGCAUAAAGCACAAUAUAUGUUUAGUAGGUAUAAUAAAAUGUGUCUCUGGUCUUGGCACAAAGGAGAAACUUCCUGCAGACCAUCUUGGGAUCAAGAACAGAAAUAGCCAUUCUGAUGAAGACUCCAGUUCUCAUCCCCAUCCCAUACCAUCCCGGGAAACCGGUGUAAAGCAUGCUCAUGGGGUAUGAGAGUUUGAGACGCGUGCCUCACAUGUGCCCUUCCUAUCUAGGGAUGUCACUCCUGUCAGUCCCACAGUUACCUACAUUCCGCACAAAUUUCAUGUCCCCUUACUUUUUAUUGAUAAUUAUUUACAUCAUUAAAAAUAAGCAGUCAUGGAACUAAGAUGAAAAGCUGUUUACACUGCACUGAAUCCUGCAGCAUGUAUGUAUAAUUUAAGUUUCACAUAUGUAUAAUUUUUGUGCCCCUCUUUGAAGGUUUUUAUUAUCUAUUGCAUCCAAUAUAUGGACCUUGGCAGGUUGAGAGCUUUGGUGAGAGGAGCCUGGUUUGCUGUGGAAGCAUUUUGUAUGACCUGCCAUUGCAGUUUGAACUCGGGAUCCUUUGCAAUACCUGCUCUAAAUAGUCCGCAAGCAGAGUACUUCUGUAGUCUAACAAGUGGUCACAAGAGCUGGGCUUGGCACAUCUUAAUGAGUUUGCAACAGAGGGCAUGCCUCCCAGCUCAGGUAGCCAAAUACACACUAGCUCUGCUUGAGCUAGCAUGCUAAAAAUAGCAGUAUGUAUGUUGCAGCACCAGUGGCAUCACAGGGUAGCCAUCUGAGUACAAGCUCACCUGAACCCCUGGGUCUGUACUCGGGUUGAUAGCCCAUGCUGCAACAUAGAAUCAUAGGACUAUAAGGGACCUCGAGAGUCAUCUAGUCCAGUCCCUGGCACUCAUAGCAGGACUAAAUAUUAUCUAGACC